ACACAAUGAAGCACUCUUCAGCCAUCCUGGCCGUAGCGGUCAUCCUAUUGGUCCAUUCAAACGUUGACGCAUUGACCAGGCCAUCUUCAAUACAGUUCGUUAACAAUAGUUACACCGGUGUAGUGGUUGCAAUUAACAACCAGGUUGCUGAGGAUGAAAACUUGAUAAAACAAAUAAAGGACAUGUUCAUCGAAGCCUCGAAGUAUCUUUACGAAGCGACAAGAAAACGAGCCUACUUCAAAGAGGUGACAAUCCUGGUGCCGAAAACAUGGACACCUAAACUAGAGUACGAGUUGCCUGGCAACGUGACGUUUGAUUAUGCUGACGUCAUUGUGGCGCCACCCAAUCCACGAUGGGCUCCUCUGGCGUAUACCAAGCAGUACCAGGGAUGUGGGAAACAGGGUGUGCAUAUUCACUUCAUGGAUGCAUUUUUAACAGAUCCUAUAACAGAACAGUACUACGGUCCACUAGGACGCAUCCUAGUCCACGAGUGGGGGCAUCUUCGCUGGGGGCUGUUCGAUGAAUACCCAGAUCCCGUAGGUGACCCGGACAAUUAUCAGGAAUUUUACUACGCUCCAGACACACAGCAAUUCGAAGGAGUCAGGUGCUCGUAUGACUACAAAGCCAUGAAUUUGAUUUUCGAUCCGAAGAAGUUUACUUAUCGUGAAUGCGUGGGAAACCCGAACAUUGGGUACGAGGAUGGAUGCGUGUAUUACAUACUGACGAAGCAAGAUUCUGUCACCUCGUCCAUAAUGUACAGUGCGUACUCCCUCGAUCCCAUAAAAUAUUUCUGUGACGACGAUGGACAGGACAACUCAAAUUUCCACAACCGCGACGCACCCAACAAACACAACCGUCUCUGCGACAGUAGGAGUAACUGGGAAGUGCUGCAGGAACAUGAAGAUUUUAAAGGUGGCAGGAAUCCACCAAUAGAUCUGACUGAAGAAGACUUGGUACCAAACUUCAAGAUGGUACAGCACCGUGACGUCAGCGUGGUGGUGCUGAUGGACACAUCGGGUAGCAUGGGGUCAGACAACAGGUUCAAUAAGAUGAUUAGUUCUACCGCCAACUACAUCUCGUCUAUCGUGAUUGAUGGAAGCUACAUUGGCCUCGUCGAAUUCUCAUCUGCAGCUUACGUCCUCAGCGACUUGACGUUUGUCACCAGCGAUGAUGACCGCCAGGCUCUUUUACAAUCCCUUCCGGAUCCUCCCGGAGGCGGCACUGGCAUCGGUGGCGGACUUCUCAGAGCCAUAGAGGUGCUGUCCCAAAACGGCAGAGACCCAUCUGGAGGAAUCAUUCUCCUGCUCACAGACGGACAAGAAAAUGGAUACCCUUUCAUUGAUGACGUCAUGGGUACCGUCACAGAGUCAGGGGUCAUUGUGGAUACACUUGCCUUCACGCAGGCAGCCGAUUCUAAACUGUUCACACUCUCUGAAAAUACCGGUGGUAACGCUUUCUACUACUCGAACAUCAAUGGCUCUAACACUCUGUACGAAGCUUUCGCUGCAACUAUGGAGAGAGGUGACGUCAUCGAUGCUGAAAAACGUCUGGAGCUCAUGGUAACCUCAUGGAGACUCGGGAUAAACGAAACUAGAAAAGGAAGUGUUUAUAUGGACAGCACCCUGGGCAACAACACAAUGUUUAGUUUCUCCUGGACCGAUGGAAACAGCUUGGCUAUCGAUGUAACGAUCAGGACACCCAAUGGAAGCAGGAUCGACUCGUCUUACGAAGGAUAUGGCGUGGAUACAUCCUUCAGGAUUAUCUCAGUUCAGAUCAAAGGAACAGCACAGGCAGGAGCAUGGGAGUUUUGGGUGACCAACAAGAUAUUUCUAUCACAAGACAUUGCAAUCUCCAUUUCGUCAAAUCCGGCGAGUGCUGACGUUGACCCCAUUAUCGUGACGUCAGAGUUGAGCGGCUCCAUCACGGACUUUGCCAACGGGGAGCCACUGACUGCGUUUGCCGAGAUCAGACAGGGGUUCAGCCCGAUGAUCUACGCCAAUGUCUGGGCGACCAUCGAGAGACCGGCUGGCUACGAUCCGAUUGAUAUACAACUGUUGGACAACGGAGCUGGAGCUGACGUGACCAAGAACGACGGAGUUUACUCCCGGUUCUUUACCGACUUCACCGGGGUAGGUUACUACGGCAUCAAGAUCAGCGUGGAUAACGAUAUGGGAAACGCCAUUAUCAUUGAUUCUAUACCUUUCUCAAAAGCUCGACCAAUCGUGGAUCCAGACCAGGCCUUCAAUCUCCCGGCAAUAGGCGGUGUCCAGAUUCCCCCACCCGGUGCCCAACCCAGCGAGCCCACAGGGCAACCCGCACCUAUAUUUAGCCGAGACGUUUCUGGUGGAUCCAGCCGUGUGGACGAAACGCCUGUUGGGUUCUUGCCCGGUGCUGAUGUCUUCCCACCGGGUGAUAUCCUCGAUCUCAGGGUGAAGGGGUCAUCAUGGGAGAGUGGAAUAGUCACACUUGUUUGGACUGCACCUGGGGACGAUCUGGAUAACGGGGCAGCGUCUCUUUACGAGAUUGUCCGUGCCGAAUCCAUAUUUGCUUGGCAGAAUGACUCGUCUCCAGAGUCUCAUCGUAUUCUAAACCCAACCGACAUACACAAUGGAAACAUCUCAGCCCCACUUGACUUCGGUACCCUGGAAGAAUACACCAUCCUCGUUCCCAAACCUGAGGGAGCCAACGUAGUCUCUUACGCAUUCGUCCUGCGAGCUUUCGAUGAUGCUGGUAACCCGUCCGGAUUCUCCAAUGCUGUACAAGCCGUGUUGAGGGAGACUAUCCCCGUAGCUCCGGUUACAGACCCGACCCCAGAAGCUAUUCAGCUAGAAGAUUGGAUGAUAGCUUUGAUUGUCGUAGGAGGUUGUGUGGUGCUUGCCCUGUUUAUUUUAGGGGUGUAUGCGUGUUCAUCAUGUUUCUGUAAAAAAGAAAAGGCCGUUGCUCCUAUAAUGGUUAACGAAGCAGUGGUUAACGAAGCGUACCAAAAUGAGUUAUACGACAACCAUGCCUAAGGAUUUGCUCAUUGAUCUCGGUAUGUAACUAUCAUCCUUGGAACGUCACAUUGCCUUCAAAUAUUAUCUCAAAACUUUGCUGUUCGGAACUGCUCCUUUUACUUAAGAGUUGUUCAUAACCAAACACAAACAGUUUGUUUGUAAUAAGUGUGCAGUGGAUUAAAAUACAUGAACUUUCCUCUUGAAGUACAAUCAGUAGAACAUUUUGUUCCGUCAAAAAUGCCCGAACAUCUAAUAACACUCCAAAGGAUUUGGUGAAUCAGUAUACUCUACUUUUAAAAUGUACUUUCAUUUCAUUAUUUUUUAUUUUCAUUUAUAACCCAAGCACCGGACCUGAAGGCAAUUUGCCCCCUUUAAAGAUGGCAAGGCGAUGGCCCUUUUCGAAAUCGAGAUUUUGGCUUGGGCUUGGGCUUCACCCUCAACUAGUUUGGAAAAAUAGUGUGUGCUUUCCGUAUUACCGGUCAUCAAUCAUGCAGACGGAGCCUUAACGGAAGUCCAAGUCCAAGCCAUGGUUUCGAAAAGGGAUCACGCAUCCGAGCUCAAUUUUGUUUUUGCCAGUUCAAACCACAGAGGGCGCUGUGUGUAGUAUCGAUUGAUAAUUAAUUUAACAAUCUCGAUACUUGCUAUCUUGCGCGUAUUCCAAAGCUUAGUGCGUUCACAUUCUUAAAGAUAUUCAAUGCAUUGCAUGUGUUGCCCAAUGCCACAGAUGUUCUUCAGGCCAACAAAUAUUCCAAUCUAAAAGUAACAGGUUGGUAUGAAAAGAAACAGGCGAGUGUAAAGGGGAGAAUUAACUAUUUUUCCCCGGUUAAUUAAGAAUCAUUCCAUCGCGGCCAAAAAGACCAAAAUGUGAAAUACUUAAUUAUGAAAAUGUUAUUAUCAACAACAAGUAAAUACAGAAUCAAUACGAAAAUGCAAGUAAACAUACAUGAAGUAUCAACAGCAUGCUUACAGGGGAAAUUUUUAAAAUCAGGAGGCCUGGGCUUUACGUUUUCAUCAAUGCUUUGUGGGCUAUGAACUGCUUAGCAGCCGAACUUAUUUUACCUUAUUACCCAGAAAAAGUUUCUUCAUUCUGUGUUGUAGUAUAGGAUGUUUAAUAUCGAUAAUAUAUGGAAUAUUAUAACACCCCUUACAAGUAUUCUCCCUGCUCAUUGGUUUAGAACGCGUCACAUGACAUGUCUUAGUUUUG